UCAUGUCCGCCAGCACUGAGGGGGCACAUUCUGCUGAAUGCGUCGUGAAACAUAACCUUCCACAGGUUAACUGGAAAAGGUGCCUAGCUACUGGUCACCCAAAGUAGGACCUAUCACUCUACAUGUAUUUAACUCAACACAAGGUGGGAGCUGUACUGUAAUAAGAAAUUACUACAAUGAUAUACUGAAUUUAGCAAUCUCAUUCUGUAAAUCGGUAAACAGCUCUGUAAAUAGCUAAACUGCAGUUCUAUAGUAAGCACACUUAAAGUUGUUGGAUUUGUAAUUGCAACCAACUAAUGUCAUGGAACUAUUGAAAGUUGGUCGAUUAAGAUGGCCCAAUAAGUAGAUAAAGACAACAAACAGGGUGAGCUGACUAUAACCGAUUACCUAAAGUUAAUAAAUAAUUGAAUAUAGAUAGUAGUAGUAAUAACAAAUAUGCAUCUUCACUCCGACAAGCAAAUAUUUUCUUCAACAAAUGUUAGCAUAUUUAACAAAAAACUUUUUAUGGCCAUAUUUUGGAUAAAAAAGACAAGUUUGGAUAAAUGGAAUAAUAAUAGCAUCCUAUGUUGCCAAAAGGCACAAAUGCACAGCUCAGGGGGAAAUAUCCUCCUGAGGACUACAUCUCAUGAUUUUUUCUUGAAGAACCAAUAUUGCAAAUGCAUGGACUGGAGUAAACAAGCACCUGAAAUAGAGUAGACGACUUGACAACAAUGAUUGCUGCAACAACCUCUUCCUUUGCAUCACCAAUUGUAGUUGACCCAUCAUCUGACCUUCUCAAUUCUUCUUGUGAUUUCAAAAAGCGAGCAUUAGCUUUAAGGACCAUUGGAAGUCACUUUUCUAGGACAAGCAUUAGAACCUGCUCCAGCUUCUCGAGACUUUUUGGGAAGAGGAUUGCUUUUCAGCAGCAGGUACCCUAUCCUGUUCGUAGCAGCAGCGCUAAUGGAAAGAACAACUAUAAUCCUAGGAAAACAGACCUGCAUCCAAGAAGAUUCCAAAUUAUAUUCAUAAAACGCAAGCUAUAUCCUGACAGUAGUUAUAACUAUCAUAUUAAAGCAGGUGUUCUGUAA